CGCAAAGCUUCGUGAAUACCUUUUUCCGCAUAUACCCGCCAGCCUUUUGUGCGUGGCUGCCUGUGCGGAUUGAAUUUUUUUGGUACCGAGCGAAGAGGAGAUGCACACGGCACUCGAGUGAGCAGAGGUGAAGAAGCUACCCGCGGAUAUGGUGUCUGGAAGCAGCGAGGAGACCAUGAAGGCCCACAUGCACACCCGCUUCUGCCUGCUGUGCGUGGUCACCUUCCUGUUCCAGCAGUGCAGUCACUGCCACAGCGACGGGCACCGCCACCACGACCGCGACCGCGGCCACGACCGGGACCACGACCUCGACCACAGCGACCUGCAGAUCUCCCAGGCGCCCUACGCGCAGGCAGGGGGCGCCGUGGAGGCGGAGAGCGAGCAGCGCUUCUUCAUCCAGCAGCUGUUCCGCCGCUACGGAGAGCGCGACCGGCUGGACUUCGGGGGCUUCCAGAGCCUGCUGCUGAGCCUGGGGCUGGGCGAGGUCCGGGUGGUGGGCCUGGAGCACGAGGACCUGGGCCACGACCACGUGGCUCACCUGGACCUGCUGGAGGUGCAGGAGGGCCUGCACUCACACUCGCCGACCCACCCGCACCCCCACGACCACGAGCACGAGCACGAACACGAGCACGAACACGAGCACGACCGCAAGCGCGAACGCGGCCAACCGCACCCACACCCACACCCACACCCCCACCCCCACCCCCACCCCCACCCGCAUGAGGAGUCAGAGGAGACCUCGGCUCCAGACUCCCCCCCCUGCAAACGGAAAACUGCAGGGGUGACCGCCUCCCCCGCACCCACACCCACCAGUGAAGGAUUCGAACAUAACAAUACCCACGACCACGACCACGAACAUAACAAUGAACAUGAACAUGAACAUGAACAUGAACAUGAACAUGAACAUGAACAUGAACAUGAACAUAACCAUGAACAUGUCCACCAACAUGAACACGAGCACGAAGUCGGCGCCCCUAGCGUCGACCAGAAGGAGAAACGACCUCAUCGGCGCAAACAGCCGCACAUGCACCACCGGCACAAGCACAACGGCACCGCCAGCCAGCCUGCAGGGCCGCACAGGGCCAAGAACCCAGAGCAGGUGGGGCAGGUGGAGCCGUCGGGGCAGGUGGACGACGCCGCCUCAUCGGGGCAGUCGGAACACCCCUCCCAGGCGACGCCGCCCGGAGACUCGAGCCCCAAACGGACCAGGAGACCCCUGAAAAACAAAACCCCGCGCAACAAAAACAGAGGCGGCCCCGCCCUCACGCCUCCCCCGUCUGCCCCGGGGGAUGAUGGGAAUGCGAAGAGAGCCGCAGAGGACCUAGACGCCGGCGAGCACCAGGAACACGACCACGCUCACGGGGAGGGGCAUGUCCACGUGCGGCGGAGGGAGGCUCCCGGGAGCCCAGCGGGUUCCGCCCCUGCAGCCUCAGCCAAUCACCACAAGGGUCUGGAACACCAACACGAGGAGUGUCUGAACCUGACCCAGCUGCUGCAGUACUACGGCCUGAGCUCCGACUCCCUCAUCUCCCCCACCACCUUCACCUACCUGUGCCCCGCCCUGCUGUACCAGAUCGACAGCCGCGUCUGCAUCCGCCACUACCACCAGGUGGACAUCGCCCAAACUGCCCUGGAGCCUGUCCACUCCGGCUGGAUCUGGGUGUGGGGGUUUGUGUCCAUCACCAUCAUCAGCCUGCUGUCACUGCUGGGCGUGGUCCUGGUGCCCAUCCUCAACCAAUCCUGCUUCAAGUUCCUGCUCACCUUCCUGGUGGCGCUGGCCGUGGGGACGCUGAGCGGGGACGCGCUGCUCCACCUGCUGCCACACUCCCAGGGCCAGCACGACCACAGUCACGACGGAAGCCACUCGGGCGCCACCACCGACCUGAUGGAAGACUUUGACGGGGUGUGGAAGGGCCUCACCGCCCUGGCGGGGAUCUACCUGCUCUUCAUCAUCGAGCACUGCAUCGGCAUGGUCAAACACUACAAAGACCAGGGGGGGACCUUGUGCAGGAAGAGGAGGAAAGGGGAGGAGGCCAAGAUCGGCAGGAAGCUGUCGGACCACAAGCUGAACCGCCGCUCCGACGCCGAGUGGCUCCACCUCAAGCCACUCACUGAUGGGGCCGACUCCUCCGUGCUGUCCUGCGACGGCAAGCACAACGACACCCAGCUGAGCGAGCUGCCGGAGCCCGAGUCCCCCAGCAAGAGCCCGCUGGCCCCCGCGGGGGUGGGCGAGGACGGGGGGCCCCUCUCCCCGGCCGCCGAGAACGGCAGGAAGGCCAAGACGAAGCGCCACGGUCACGGUCACGGUCACUCCCACGGUCACUCCCACGCGCCCCAGGGCCACUGCCACUCCGACCAGGAGAUGAAGGACGCCGGCAUCGCCAGCAUCGCCUGGAUGGUCAUCAUGGGCGACGGCAUGCACAACUUCAGCGACGGCCUGGCCAUAGGAGCCGCGUUCAGCUCCAACGUCACGGGAGGCAUCAGCACGUCCGUCGCCGUGUUCUGCCACGAGCUGCCCCACGAGCUGGGUGACUUCGCGGUGCUGCUGAAGGCUGGGAUGUCGGUGAAGCAGGCCCUGGCGUACAACGUGCUGUCGGCGCUCAUGGCCUACGUGGGCAUGCUCAUCGGCACGGCCGUGGGCCAGUACACGCACAACGUCACCAGCUGGAUCUUCGCCAUCACCGCCGGCAUGUUCCUCUACGUCGCCCUGGUGGACAUGCUGCCGGAGAUGCUCCACGGGGACAGCGAGGAGCACAAGCGCUGCCAGCUGGGCCACUUCCUGCUGCAGAACCUGGGCAUGCUGACGGGCUUCGGCAUCAUGAUGCUCAUCGCCAUCUUCGAGGACCGCAUCGUGCUGGACUUCGGCUUCUGAGCCCCGCCCCGCCCCGCCGCGCCGGGGAGAGGUCUCCAUGCCAACGCUUCCGCCCGCCCGCGCCCGUCUCCUGUCAGUCAGCCAGCCUUGGUGUUAGCUCCGCCCCCCCCUCCCCUCACGUUACAUUAGCUUGACACGUCUGACGCAUGGUUACCAUGGUGCUGUGGUGGCCCUGUCGCUACCAGGUCUGCUGAGGUGCAGAAGCUGUCAGCUGUGCCCAAAAACACACCCCAGCAAGGCCAACACUGCCCCCUGUUCUCUCUCCUCAUCGGCCCAGUUUCCCUCAGGCUGCAGGAUGUUAAAAGCCUUUUGAUAGUUCAGUUCCAGGCGUUUACAGCGACUUGUCCUCCCCUCCCCACACACAGAGCCAGGGGUUUCAUUAAAUCUGAGCCCCCCGCCACCCUGGCAGACCCUCCCCCCCCGGCGUCUGGCUGGCCAGCAGGAGACACGCCUGGCACGGGAUGAUGACGUCUUCAUCCCUCCUCAACAUCCAAUCAGGGGCUGCCGCGGGAAUCCCCCGCCCCCUUCCCACCACAUUCCCGCUCGUUUGGCUGACAUCACCACGGCAACGCUCGCCGAUCAGAUUCGGUUUGAAAGGAGCGGCAGGCAUCGGUUUCCCAGGUAACGCUGUGGGGGGCUGUCAUUGAGGCCGCUGAUUUGGGAUUUGGGAACCGACCUUCAACUUGAGCUGAUCAGAACGCUGGACUUGGAAGCUUCUCACUCGCCAAUGCCUGAGCCAUCUCUCAUCAGUGUUAAAGCCAGACCCUGGCAGGCCAAUGUUUCCGCUUAAACACAUCCUGUGGAGAUUCAGUAUUAAUAAUCGCGUAUUUAAUCUCAUUUUCCCCCUCGCCCCUUCGUCCAGGGGUCGGCACGAAAGAGAAAGCGGACCGGAGCGGGUGGAAACGAUAAGCUAUGAAGCAGUGUUACACAGCUGGAUCACGCGGAGAACUGAGGCCAAAACCAGAGAACCGGACCCCUCCUCCCCCGCACACAACCCAGAACCAGCGCUUUCAGACGUCAGUAGUUGAGCUGUCGAACAGCAGCCUUCAGAGGAGUAGAUUAGUCAGGAGUCCGAUGUGAAAUGCAGUCCAGGCACGAUGUCCACCGGGAGCUAGGUCUCGAACUGGCUGACCGCUUCAUCAAAUGCUUCUGCGUUCGCCUUUAAUUGCAUUUCACGUUGGGGGAAAAAGAAGUAUUAAAUUUGAGAGAUUAAUUUAUUCCAGGCUUUAGGAGAGGAUCCAAAAAUGAUAAUGAAAUAAAAAAUGUAACACUGUGUUGCUCUGCCAAAGUCCUCAGCACAUUGGGUCUGUUCCCUUCUUCAUGUCCUUUCUGUUUUUAAAGGUCUGGCAUCUUCCGUGCUGUCCAGCCCUUCAUCAUAAAUUGUGCACAAAUGUUCAGUUGAAUUGUACUAUAAGCAAAUCAUUAGACUUUAAUUUCACAUUUUGUAAAUUUGGUUCAUUUGUAUUCCUAAAGUGUUCAAAUAUUAUGUAACGUUAACACACUUUAACGUGCCCAUGUGUUGCAGCUGUAUUUCUUGAAUGGGUCAAAAAAAAUUAAGUUAACUUUUCAUUAACCAACCUAAUCCCCCUGACCUGGACCAACUUUCUUUCUUCAACUCAAACUUUGGCGCAGCUACAGUACCGAAUCAUAGGAGUUAAUUAGGAGUUGUCUUGUAGACUGAAAAUAGUUUUUUUUUUUGGUUUGUUUUUCGCUGCUUUUUACAGCCAUUUUGUUUGUGGAAUUCUUACUUUCCUUAAAGCCAGCUGGGUGAAAACUAUAAGCGAGAUAAGAGAGCUUCUUAUGAAGCAGCCCAAAUACGGCUGUGACAAUCCAACACGCUCUGCACAUGACACGCGUGGCUGUGCCCCGUGCCGACGGACUCCCGUCAGACUCAUCCACACCGCUGGCCGAUAUCCCUCCUGACACGGAGCCCAAGGAGGAACGGCGUGGCACCGGUGACUGACACCAUGGUGAAAAGGGCCACUUCUUUUUUUGUUUUGUUUUUGGUGUAUGUGACGCAAAAGCGCUUUGGAGCUGUGCCAAACGCGGCCGCUCCGUCCGACGUGAAGCCGCCGUGUUCACCUCUCUACAUUCCACCGGCCGCUCCUGUCCCGCCCGGCCCGGCCCGGACGGACGGACGGACAGACGGCCUCUUUAGGUUCGCUGGAGUUCAUACCUGUGUGAAUUACGCCUGUCACUGUGUGACAACCAUUGGUCUCGUCUCGUCGGGUGUAAAAUCAUUGAGAUCACAUUAAACUAAUGUAAACUAGGUCGAAUCAAAAACAUGCAUGAGGCAUGACUUAAGCAGACAAGACAAAAUGUAAAAUAUGUUUUGCUUGUAAUUUUUUUUUUUGUUAUUAAAAACAUGUGAUUGUGGUGUCUGAACAUUUUGUUUCUCUUUUUAAAAAAAGAAAAAAAAAGAAAGAAAAAACACAUUUGUGAUGUUUUUCUUAGGGGCCACAGUAACUGGUGGAAAUGGUUGUUGGUUCAAAUAUAGGCCUUUGGGCAUAUCUGACAAGCCUCAGAUUAAAAGCGUAGUUGCUCAGUCUGGACAAAUGUGGCCCAAACCUGCAACAGGGUCCCAGGGAUUCAGCUGGGUAACACCGGGAGAGAACGCCCAACGGUGUGUGGGGCUCCAAUGUGUCAAUCACCGACUCAUUGAACAGUUUUGGCCCUGCACGGCGAACCGCAACGAUCGGUUCACAUCGAUGCGUCGCUGGUAGCGUACGAUAGCUGUGUGAAUGCUCGCUCUGCCAUCACCGGUGCCAGCAUCAUCUUCCUCCGAACCUAUCAGAGAAGAGCAUUUACCUCAGAACCACACUGGCUUUUGCCCCAGAAACGGCAGCGGCGAAUGGUCUUCUCUCUGUCUUCUCACUGGAUGAGAUGAGGAGGGAGGGGCGUUUGCAGCCUGCCUGUGUUCUUUCUCUUUACCUGGUACCAGACAUAACGACCUUUCCUUUACCUGCUGUGGCUGUUACCCCCACGCAAUGGAAGGGAAUACAAAGCUGAGCUAUAUGAGCUGGCCAGAGUAAAGCCCAAGGCAUUCACUGCAAAAGAAGACCUAAACAAGCCUUUUAGUUUUGUAAACAGAUUUCAAAUAUAACUAUUUUACUCUCAAGCACAAAAUAUUUGCUCAUUUUAAGUGGCUUUUUGCUUGUAAUGUGAAAUUGUUUUACCCCAUUGCCAAUCAUUUGGUCUUAUUUACCAAAAGAAUUCAUAGAAAUUAGAUUUUAAAUCUAAAUAUAAAACUAAAAUAUUUGUCCGCACCCCUUCGAUUGUAGUUACUCUGCUGAACAAUGGAGUGAUUGCUUAUGUUCUGAAGGACUUAAGAGGUCGCAUCUCAAACUCAGUUGCUUGGCCCCUAAGAAUGUCUUUAUGUAUGGGCAGGUACGAUGGUGUAAAUCUAUGCUGAAGUCAAAACGAUGAAGGUUCCUGUUGGUUCUGUCUUUUUUUAAUUUUAGGCUAUUGUUUACAAACCUGGAUAUAUAAAUGUGUUCACUACAUUUGCCCAUCUUCGCCCAUUGUCCGUUUGUGCAGGUUCUCCAUCCAGACAAUAAAAGGAAAAUAAAGUUCACAAAGAGUU